GCUAAGUUAUCAUUGUGAUUUGCUUACACAUGGCAUGGGUGGUGUUGAAAUGGAGUCUAGGAAGGCUGAGGAAUGGGCUAGUCAGUUGCAAUGUUGGUCCCUUCAGCUGAUUAACUGCUUUGCUUUCAAACCUGAAUUCCUUCCUACAAUAUGCAAAACCGAAUUUCUGAUCAAACUACCUGGCAUAUGGGGUGGACUUGUUAAUGAAAAUUCACCAGCUUGUAUUGGUUUAUUAAGAACAAUUUGUCAUCAAAAGUUUGGUAGGGGACCUAUUGCCAGUUGCCCCAGUAUUAUUGAAGCUUUAUGUAAUAUUGCCUGGUCUUCAGAUGAUUGGCAGUAUAUGGCAAUUGAUUGUCUUCUAUGGCUUCUUCAAGAUCCCAAUACAUGUCACAAGGUGAUUGAUAAAGUGGUUCCUGCAUUAGUUGACCUUGCCGAAAUUACAACUCUUGGCAACCACAAAAAGUUUGGUGAUUCCAUUGUUGGUGUUCUUCAGAACUGCAUCCAGUCGCAGGGGUCAGGAAGAAGCUCAAUUAGUGGUCGCACUAGUAAACAAAUUGAGGACCUAUUAAAUUCAAAGUAAAGGUUAAAAUGGGAAAAGAAUAUGCCCAAGGAAGAUCUACACAUUAAGCAUGUUGCAGCUCUGGUGGUCAAGCUUGAAGGAAAUUCUCUGUUCUCAUCUGGAAAUAUUUCUGGAACUACAUCAAAAUACUCAGAAGCAUUGUCAUUGUGUCUGAUGAGAUCCAAGAAGGAGAGAGUUGUUCUAUAUAGUAAUCGAUCUCAA